GCUAAAUCUCAAUGGAAGUUGGUGAAAUGAAAUUUUAAAAAUUCAUAACCUAAACCCUUCCAGCAAGCACACACACCCAGCCAGAACCGGUGGGAGCUUGUUGGACGGGGGAAAAGUCCAAUCCAUCCGUCUGCCGGUCGGCCGUGUGCUUCAUCAAAGUGUCAUUUAGUGCUGGUCAUCUAGCAGGCGUUGCUUGUGGGUGACAUGUUUGUGUCCACUCACCGCCUCUCUUCCCAUUCCGCCCCGCCUUCCCUUUCAUAGUGUCGUUUGAAAGAGAAAUGUCAACCGAGGACGCAUCGGCACCGUCUUGGAGUAAUGAGACAGUCUUUGUCAGUGACGUUCGCACCAACACCGCCCAACACACGGAGCUGAUACCCGAGGCGGGUACACGCUGUAUCAUAUACGGUUCUGUCGUUCAGCUUCUUUUCACCUCUCCAAGGUGCCAUUUCUCACCCAGGCACGCGCUUCCCCUCACAAACGUAUGGCUUCGUAUGGUUUGCUGUCAGCAAGCAGCAACAUUCAAAGAAAAACCACCGCUUUCAUCGUUUCAUGGCCAAAAAAAAAACAGUCAAAGCAAAACCCGUGCGGCGAAACGCUGUACCCCGCUCACUUCAAAGGUAAAUGAAAACCUGCCCACGGCGUACGCACUUGCAUACUUGCAGGCGCUGCCAAAUGUCAAAGGUCAUAUCGGGCAGGAGCGAAAUUUUGAGCGAAAUCGUACACAGAGCGCCACGUCCCUCCCCCCGCACUUAAUGCUUACCGCAGCGAGCAGAGGUGUUCAAUCAUGCUUUUCAUAAAUGUUUGUUUCACUUCGCUCAGAAGAGAAAGAAAAAUUAAAAGAAAUGAAAAAGCUCCUCUAUUUAUCUUGCCAUUCUGGCGAGGGCCUGUGAUUCGGGCGUACCAUUUCCCAGGAAUCGAACGAUACUUCCAACGAAUACAUGAUUAAUUAACCUGGCGGCCUCUGAUCGGCAAUGAAGUCAUCCAAACGAAUGCUAACCCAAUCCCAAUAAUGGCCAAAAAGACACAUGAAACCUAACCAUCACCACCACCGCUACGCAAACACACACACACACAGCCAUGCGAAGGCGUGGAGGCGAGUAAAUGGCAAAGGCAACAAUCCGCCUCGAAGCGAAAUAAGUUUCCUUUUUUUGCCACCGCCAACGCACGAAAACCCGGUUCGGUCGGUGUGUAUUGCCCCAGCACGCUCACUCGUUACUCGUAAAGCCAACCCACCUACACACACACACACACACACACAGCUUGUAAUACUGCCCGUAACUAAACGGCCCCAGUCGAGCUAGCGCAUUUUGCGAGCUUGUUGGCUUCACCGACCGGAGCCCAGCGUUCAUAUCCGUUCCGUCCGUCCGUCGACGCUGACAGGCUGUACUUUCGUGUGUAUGGUUGACGCUCGCUGCAGCACUGCGUUGUAACGUGUACCUGCGAUGGGUUGUGUGAGGAAAGUGCUGUGCGUGUAGUGUGCCUGGGUACGAACAACGUCACGUCGCGGAUGUAAAUGCAUCCGUGGGUCUGGCCUUCCGGGAGCGCACAAGUGCUGCUGCCGAUGAAGUUGCGCCUGAUGGGGCAAGGUUUACGCCUAUUUGAGCACCCCCAAAAUGUCGAUAAACGGCUUGUGAACGGCGGUGUGAACGUUCCAGCUGCCGCCAACUCUUCCGUUGCGAAUUAGUGGUGCCACCCAGUAGUGCGUUAGCGGUUACAGUUUGUUUGUGGAGCGUUCGUUUGCAGCGUCAAACUGUGGAGAUUUCAGCCGAAAAGUGAAAAUAAAGCGGCUUCCGACACGCGGAUGGUGGUGAUGCAUGGAUACAACGAACAAACAGCCCCCGUCAGCGGCUAGAGCACAGCAGCAACAGCAGCAUCACAAACUUCAUCCCGAGAAGCAGCAGAAAAAACUGCGCACGCCGGACACGUCAUCCACCUUUCUUCCAUCGCAGCAACAACCGAUCACGGUACAAAGGGAACAACUGGUACUGCCAACGGCACAGCCGUUGCCACAGCAACAGCAACAACAGCAACCAUCGAAACCGCUCCAGCUGCACCUGCAGCCGGAGCAGCAGGAACCACUAUCGGCGAUACAGGAAAAAUCAACCGAACACGUCCACAUCUGUCCCGCGCCAGCGCCGGCAGCACCGGGCAGGGUCGAAACGCCGGGCCCGAAAACCGGACCCAAAGACCGGGACCAACCGGCCGUCGGGCCGCCGGUGUCCUUUUCCUUCUACAAGACAAUCAAUACGGUGAUCAAGAGCAGCCGCAAGAUCAUAGUGCGCGUUUGCGAGGUGACCAAUGUGAAGACCAAGCUCAAGAUGUUCAACCUCUACUCGACGAUGAACAAGCGCAACGGCGCGGACGAUAAGGAGGCGAAGGAGGUCGAAACGACCGGUCACGAUCGGUUCUGUCAGGAGCGGCCCUCGAGGUCGAGCUACCGGCGGAAAAAGAGAAAAAUGCGCCGUGCCCAGUCGGCGGCCGAGUUCCAGGAGCCACGCACGGAACCCCCGCUUACCGCGGCCAGCAAACGCAUGCUGUUCAGGGGUCGCUCCAUCAGCUCCGAGCACGACAACAACUCGGAAACGGAACAUUCCGAACGAUCGCCACUGGUCAGUGCCAAGCUCGAUUCGCUCGCCAAGUUCCUGUUCAGCCGGAGCCUGCUGCAGGAAGGCACGAGCGCGGCCAAAGAGAACGAUUCGCCGACAAGACACAGCGUACGCUACCAGCAGUAUACGGCACUGGACAGUGGCAUCGGGGCGCCGGAUCGCAGCCCGCGCGAACGAGCGGCCCGGGAGCGAGCGUACGCCGCGUGCCAGGAAUGGCUGCAGAACACGGGCGGCCGGUACGAGUCCAUCGCACACCUAGAUGACAUCGGGUCGCGCUCCAAUAAGCACUGGUUCCUGCUGAACGACUGCACGAUACGUACCGAUCGGUUGAUGACGCUGCUACCAUUACCUCCCGACUGUAUUGCCUUAGAGGAGCUGCCCCCGUCUGAGUGUCCCCAGGGUGUGCUGAUGGAGCUGCUCGGCUCGCUGCAGCAUCCGUACAUCUAUCCGGUGCUGGAUCUUGGGUUUUUCCCCUCCGACUCGCACCAGUACACCAGCCUCGUGAUGCCAUUCAAUCCCCGCGGCAGUCUGAAGGAUCUGAUCUACAAGUCUCAAUGGAACGAACCGUGGAGUCGCAAGUACACGCGAAAGUCCACCUGUUUGCCCCUGUCGCAGGUGCAGCGGCUCGGGCGACAGAUACUGGAGGCGCUGCUGUUCCUUCGCGAGCGCGGCAUUCCAUCGCACGGCCAUCUGCACAGUGGCAAUGUCAUCCUGCAGAACGGAGUCGCUCGAUUAUCCGGGUUGGAGAACGGGCUGCUUGGAUUGAACUCGCGCGUUAAUGCCGUCAUCUGGGCCCGGUCCGCGCCGGACAUCGACAACAUCGACGUCAUCUGCUUCGGCCAUCUGCUGUUCGAGAUGUGCGCAGGGUACGAGCUGACCUCGCCGCAGCCAACGCCCGGCCACUAUCAGCUCGAUCUCGAGCGGUACCCGCAGGUGGUCGAUGUGCUGCAGAUGAUCUUCGAGUCGCCGGAUGGCCGCUACCCGACGGUGGAGGAGCUCGUGCUUUGUGAUAUUUUCCGCAAUAUCGAUUUAAGAGAAAUGCGAGGAACAUGUGUGCCUUCCUUCAAACACGGUUUGAGCAGCUCCACCCUGAGCUUACUGAAUGCGGUCCGGCGUCGCCAGGGUGCCAUCCUGAGCGGUUCGUACAGCGAGGGCAGCUCGCCCUGCACACCACCGUCGACGCCGCGCGAUCGGAAAACCGGUGAUGUAGAAUCCUCCGAUCUGUCUAGUAGUGAUUCUGAAGAUCUGUUAGAUGAAAUAGUUAUAGCGUCAGCCCGCAUCGACGAUCCAUGCCAUUACGAUCCACUGAGCUCGCCGAUACAUUACUGUGACAAUAAUGUCCACUCGGACGAUAACAGCAAUAGUAACAACCACAACAACAACACAAUCAUUCGUAUAGAUUCGAUCGAAGAAGCGCACGGGUCCGGCACGCCGUCGUCGUCGGGGGCGGCGGCUGCAUCGGUGGCGGGCGGUUCGGGCGGCCCGGCGGCCGGUGCGCCCGUCUGUCUCAACCCGUCCUCCGCGUACAAGAACUCCAAGUCGCGCCGCAUGGAGUACAGCCGGCGCGGCAUGAUGCUCGGGCUCAGCAACCCCUCGCAAGACUCCGCGUUCGGUUCCAUGACGGACGGCGAAUCGUCCAGGGCGUCCAGCUUUAAGCUGAGCAGCUUCGCCUCGAUGAACUCGCCGAUCGACGAGGGCGUGGAGGAUCUGCUGGCGGAGCAGAUAGGCCUGCCGGCGGCCGGUACCGCCACCGGGACGGACAACCUCGCGACCACGAUCGCCAACAUGAAGUACAUCGAUUCGACUGGGUCGUCCCCCUGCCACGACUAUCAUCAUCACCAGCAGCAGCAGCAUCAGUCGCAGAUGCUGCCGCAAACCUCCGGCUACGGCACUGUCGUGUGUGCGGUGAGCAGCUCCCGAACGGAACCCUCGAUCGCAUCGCGUGACAUCUCGCCAAGCCCUGGGCCUCGCUUUCUGGAGCCUCCCAAGCUCGUCAUCAACAAUCACUCAUCCACGACGACGAACUCAUCGCUCUGCUACACACUCUCCCCGCUGCGCAAGUGCGCCACGACCGAGGUGUUCUCGCAGAAGUAUCGCGUCUCCUCGUUCGAGGACAUGUCGUACAACUCAAUCGCGCGCAAGUCAAUCAAAAACACGAGCCGCAAGAUCUUCCGCUCGUUCGAGGAGGAGCGGCGCAUCGAUUCGGCGUUCAUGCCGAUCGACACGACGCGGUCGCCGGCCCCACCGUCGGGUGGCAAACUUCAGCAGCAACUCUCUCUGCCGCCGAUGCUGACCCCGUCGCCGAAGCACGUGCCGUCGCCGGUGUCACCCUCGCGCAAGUACCACACCGCGCAGUCCUACCAGAACCUGCACACGAUCGUACCGACGGCCCGGGAGCGGGGUCUGCAGUGGCGCAGCAACUUGAUCAAAUCGAACGAGUGUCUGUUCGAGACGUCGUUCAACAGUGUCUCGCCCGCCGCCCAGCACCACCAUCACCAGCAGCACCAUCAGUUCCGCUCAGCGUCCAGCUUUUCCGGCAGCCAUCAUCUCCGGUCGCACGGUUCGCAGGAUCUCCCCACAACUGCGAGCGGCAGUGAGAUGAGUUGCGACCGGUUCAUCCUUACCCCGGAACCGCUACCACCGGGCAGCCCGUCCCGUACACCCUCCGUCACGUCCACCGCAAUCUCGUCCCCGUCCGCAUCGCUCGCGUCCACGAGCCGGAUGCGCCCGAACCGAACCGACCGGCAGCAACUCUUCUCGCUCGCCCGGUUCAAGCACAGCACAAUCCUGGACAGUGUGUCCAUCGAGGACUUCUCCUCGGAAAUGUCACUGCGCGGGGCGGCCUCGACCGUCUCGCGGCGCUCCAACAGCCCGGCCAGCCCCUCCAGCCGCAGUGCGGCCAGCGGUGCGUCCACCUCGUCCACCGGCGACGGGGCGACCACGCUCGAGUACGAGGCGAAACCGCUCACCUCCGACCUUACCUGCACGUCGGACGCGUCCGACACGACCAGCGAGGAUGCGACCAGCGUCAGCACGACGGACACCUCCCUGCUCAAGUCACCGGUGCCACAGCGGACGACACCGGCGGCGGCCCCGUCCGGCGAGCAGCACUACGUCGUGCGCCACAAGCAUGCCGCGCGCGACGUACGCCAGUACCUGGACGAUGGGGCGGGCGGGCCGGCCGGCGACGAGUACGGGGCCAGUGGCAGCGAGGAGAAGACGCCCCUGCUGGACGGUAUGGAGCUGUCGCCGAUCUCGCCGACCGAAUCGGAGCAAAUGUUGUGAUAAUAUCUGGGCUCGGUCGGGUGCGCCAGCCGCUUCUCCGAUGACUUUGGCGACUCUGUUCAGGCCGAGAUACUGCUGUAAUUCCACUGCGCUGGGUGGACGGGAGAGAUACAGAGCGAGAGGGAGACAGAAUGAACUAGAAGAACAAGAGGAAGAAGAAGAAAAACAGGUCACUUUUAAUCAGUCAGCAUUUAGGCGUGCCAGAGAUGAUGAUGAUGAUGAUGAUGUUACAUUUUACUAACCAUUUUUC